AUGGUCCCAGGCCCUCCUGAAAGUUUUUGUUCGUUUUUCAUGUUGUUUUGUUUUAUCCUCCCGCCUCGGAAGGCGUCCCAUGACCCCCAGGACCUCAAGACCUGUGGCUGCCUCGGUUUGUGGUCCAGCAGCGGCGUGUCAGGCCUUUUGAAACCAAACACUAGCCUGUCCAACCUGGAAACUACAUUUUUUCCCUACAAAUAUUGAGCACCUGGUAUAAAGAGAUACUGUUGGGGAGCCUAAACUGUUCCUGACUUUUUUCACAAUGUCACCUUAUUUAAUUAUUACCAAAAAACCGCUGCAAAAUGGGAAUGAUUACACUUAAUCUACAGA